AUGUCUGAAAGAAAAGUUGUUCUAGUCACUGGUGGUGCCGGUUAUAUUGGUUCUCAUACAGUUGCUGAACUGAUUGAAAAUGGCUACGAUUGUAUCGUUGUCGAUAACUUGGAUAAUUCUUCUUACGAAUCAGUUGCUAGGUUGAAAAUAUUAGUUAAGAGAGACAUUAAAUUUUAUCACACUGAUCUAUGUGAUAGGGAAAAUUUAGAGACUAUCUUCAAGGAUAAUAAAAUUGAUUCGGUGAUUCAUUUUGCAGGUUUAAAAGCUGUUGGGGAAUCCACGAAAAUCCCAUUGAAAUAUCAUCAUAAUAAUAUUUUAGGGACAUUGAAUCUGUUGGAAUUAAUGGAAGUUUACGGAGUCAAAUCAUUAGUUUUUUCAUCUUCUGCUACUGUUUAUGGUGAUGCUACAAGAUUCCCAGAUAUGAUUCCGAUCCCGGAAGAAUGUCCAUUAGGUCCAACUAACCCAUAUGGCAAUACAAAAUACGCUGUCGAGAAGAUUUUAAAUGAUUUGUACAACUCGAAUAAUAACUUUUGGAAAUUCGCCAUCUUGAGAUAUUUCAAUCCAAUCGGUGCUCAUCCAUCAGGUUUGAUCGGUGAAGACCCGUUAGGUAUCCCAAACAAUCUACUGCCAUACAUGGCUCAAGUCGCUGUUGGUAGAAGAGAUAAAUUAAAUGUUUUUGGUAACGACUAUGAAACAAGAGAUGGCACGCCAAUUAGAGAUUAUAUCCAUGUCGUCGAUUUAGCAAAGGGCCAUAUUGCAGCUCUAAAAUACUUGGAGAAAAAGAACGAAGAAGGUAUCUGCAGAGAAUGGAAUUUAGGUUCAGGUACUGGUUCCACAGUUCUGGAGGUUCUCAAAGCCUUCUGUGCAGCUUGUGGUGAUGAUAUUCCAUAUGAAAUUGUUGGUAGAAGAGCUGGUGAUGUCAUUAAUUUAACUGCAAAGCCAGAUAGAGCCACUAGAGAAUUGGAAUGGAAAACUGAAUUAGAUGUGGCUGAUGCUUGCAAAGACUUAUGGAAAUGGACCACUGAAAACCCAUUUGGUUAUCAAUUAAAAGGUAUUGUUGAUGCUUUUGCUGCAGAAGAAGACAAUUACGAUAGCAGAUUUAUCACGCUUGGUGACGGCACCAAGUUCCAAGCUACCAUUGCUAAUAUUGGUGCCACUUUGGUGGAUUUGAAAGUAGAUGGUCAAUCCGUCGUGCUAGGUUAUGACAAUGAAGAAGGUUAUCUGGCUGAGGAUAGUGCUUAUAUCGGUGCCACAAUUGGUAGAUAUGCAAACAGAAUCAAGAAUGGUACUUUUUCAUUAAACGGUGAGACUUAUCAAUUAGCUCUGAAUAAUGGUCCAAAUGCUAACCACUCAUCUGUUGAUACAUUCCACACUAAGAAAUUUUUAGGUCCUUUAGUUAAAAACCCAUCUAAGGAUGUUUAUACUGCUGAAUUCCUAUUAGUUGAUCCAUCUGAAAACUCAGAAUUCCCAGGCGACUUAUCGGUCAUAGUUAUGUAUACAUUACGUGUUGCUGAAAAAUCUUUGAGUAUCGAAUAUAAAGCUCAAGUUUCUGGCGGUAAGUCUACUCCGAUUAACAUGACUAAUCACACUUAUUUCAAUUUGAAUAAAGUUAACAAGGAGACUUUUGUUGGAACUGAAAUCCAAGUUAUUAACAAUAAGUCAGUUGAUAUCGAUGAAAAUAUGAUUCCAACCGGUAAAAUUAUCGACAGAGAGAUUGCUAAAUUAAAUGAAAAGGCUACCAUCUUAGGACAAUCUGAACCAAAAUAUGAUUAUGCUUUCGUUGUCGAUGAAAAUGAAAAAUACGACCAAAUUGAUUCUAGUUCUCGUGAACUAAAGACCGUUGUAAAAGCAUACCAUCCAGAAUCAAAUAUUAGAUUAGAAGUGUUGACUACUGAGCCAUCUUUCCAAAUUUAUACUGGGGACUUCUUAUCAGCUGGCUAUCAUGCUAGACAAGGUUUUGCUGUAGAACCUGGUAGAUAUGUUGAUGCAAUUAAUCAAGAACCUUGGAAAAAAUCGGUUACCUUAUCUGAGGGAGAAACCUACGGUAGUAAGAUCGUUUACAGAUUUUCCUAA